AAAUCCGUGAAAUCGAUCGGUGAGCAGUGGGUUUUCAUUAGCCGAUGAACCAACGAAUUCACCAAGUUUUUGCCCAUGAACGCAGCUUUUUUCUGGAUUAUAUGAAUACAUAUAUAGAUAUAUACAUAUAGAGAGAGAGACAGGAUGGGCAGAUUAGCAGUUGCAGUGAUUGUGAGCUCAUGGAUUAUCCCAAUUUCAAUCCUCGUCAAUCGCAUUGUUCCUGAUCCUUACAUGGAUGAGAUAUUUCAUGUCCCGCAGGCGCAGCAGUACUGCAAGGGCAAUUUCGGAAGUUGGGAUCCCAUGAUCACCACUCCUCCUGGAUUGUACUUCCUUUCACUUGCCCAUGUUGCUUGUUUCUUUCCAGGCAUGUUUUGUAUCCAAGCAGCCUCAUCAUUUUCUGACGUCUGUUCAACUGUGGCUCUUCGCUCCACAAAUGCCAUUUUGGCUGUAAUUUGCAGUAUUCUGGUUUAUGAGAUAAUCACCCAGUUGAGGCCAGCUCUAGAUGAAAUGAAAGCUACCCUUAAUGCAAUUGUUCUAGCAUUGUACCCCCUCCACUGGUUCUUCACAUUUCUUUAUUAUACAGAUGUUGCAUCACUUACUGCAGUACUUGCAAUGUAUCUUGCUUGUCUGAAGAAGAAUUAUCUCUUCAGUGCAUUGUUGGGGCUUUUGGCUGUAUUUGUUCGACAGACAAAUAUUAUAUGGGUGCUUUUUGUUGCUUGUAGUGGGGUUAUAGAAUGCACUCUGACUCCCAGCCAAACAAAUGUGCGGUCAGAUGAGCCUGGUUUAUCAGUGAGGAAAGACAGUCAAUUAGCUUCUGAUAAAGGUGUCACGAAAGGCUCCAAUUUGAGAAAGAGAAGGCAUGGUAAUACUGUGGAGACUGUGAACUACUCCAUUCAAAGAAGUGCCCCUUCCACAAAGUCUUCCUUAGGUCUUUUUGAUGAGAUUCAACGCAUCUUUUAUAUGGCAUGGCAUCUUAAGUGGGAGCUUUUAGUUUCCCUUAGUCCUUUCUUUAUGGUUUUAGUGGCUUUUGUUGCUUUUGUCAGUUGGAAUGGGAGUGUAGUUCUUGGUGCAAAAGAUGCUCAUGCAGUUACACCACAUUUUGCACAAAUAAUGUAUUUUAGUCUCGUAUCUGCUCUGUUUAUGGCUCCUUUCCACAUUUCUGUACAUCAAGUUGCGGCCUUGUUGCAGUCAUUCUGGAAGGAUAGAUUACUCAGUUUCUUUCAAUUAUCUGCAGCCCUUAUUGCUGGCUUCCUUUCAGUGCACUUUUUCAGCAUAGCACACCCUUAUCUUCUUGCUGAUAAUCGGCACUACCCCUUCUAUCUCUGGCGGAAAGUCAUCAAUGCUCAUUGGUCAAUGAAGUACCUUCUGGUUCCACUUUAUGUCUACUCGUGGUUUUCCAUCUUCAAUCUAUUGGCACAAGCUCAGAAGAAGAUAUGGGUGCUGUCUUAUUUCUUGGCUUCUGCUGCAGUUCUAGUUCCUGCUCCAUUAAUAGAGUUCCGGUACUACACCAUACCUUUCUUUUUCUUGAUUCUCCAUUUGCAUAUCAAUGAUUACAGAAGUUGGCUCUUAAUGGGGAUCCUAUACAUUGUCAUAAAUAUCUUCACGAUAUAUAUGUUCUUAUUUCGGCCAUACAGCUGGGACCAUGAGCCUGGGAUACAGAGAUUUAUAUGGUAAAUUAAGGCUUGAGAAAUUCUGGAUCUUCCAAGAGGUUGUAAUCACAGUUUUCCCAGGUAGUUAUGAUUGGGGGUUUGAAUACCACCAUUUGGCUUUCGGAAAGAAAAAGCUUGCCUUUCCACUUGACAACCAAGUGAUUUUUAGUGGACACUCUUGAUAAAGAAAAUAUUUAACUCUAAUGCAGUUAAAGAAAUGAAUCUCUAUAUUUUUUCCCCUAUUCUGUAGCUCUUAUUGUGAUAGCAACAGUUAACUAAUGGCUCUUGGGAUUUUUCUAAUAUUUAUGUGCUUCAUUGACGGAGCCUGUUUGCUCUUUCUCUUCACUAUUCCAUCUACUGCAUUCUUUCAGUAGAGUUUAAUUUUAAUUUGAUAAUAACAUGCCAAAAUUUAAUAAUUGUUUAAAAAGCUACUUGUACUAUGGGUGCACCGAAAUUAAACUCUUGUAGGUUCUCUAUUAGAAACAGAGGUUUCUUGUUGACCCGUCAUUUUCUUUGACAAUCUAAUGGGCAGAGUCACCUGUUAGAUCUGCAUCUUGUGGGUAUCUGUUGGCAGACUUGUGUGCUCUCAUCAGGCUCCAUCUUCUAGUUAGAUAAGGGCAUCCCCUGGACUACCUUAAAAUGAUCAAGCAUGGGAAUGCUACUUACAAAUACGACCCUCCCCCAAUGCCCAUAAAACAGGGAACC